AUGCAGAAGGUUAUAGAAAACAUGAAUUUGAUCAUGAUUGAUAUUAAACAGAAGGUGGUAGGCCAAGAUCAAUUGCACAUCAUAAAGUCUUUGAAUACUACGAGGCUAUCAAACUUGGCAUCUCAAUUUAACUAUUCGCGUGGUCUUGAUAUGAAAAUUUUGGAUGAGUACGACGGUUGGAAUCUAUUUUCUAAUAUAGUGUUCCGGGAAGAAAGUUGCCCUCUUGAGUUGGAGGACAUUGGAAAGAAGAUUGUGAAAGCUUGUAAAGGACUUCCGUUGGCAAUUGUUGUGAUAGGUGGGCUCUUAUCAAAGUCUGAACGAACAAGAGAAAGUUGGGAAUUAUCUGAAAAGGAUUUAAGUUCAAUUGUGAAUUUAGAUGAUUACGAGAGAUGCUUGCAAAUAUUAUACCUGAGUUAUAGUAAUUUGCCGGUUCAUUUAAAAUUAUGCCUUCUCUACAUGGGAAGUUAUGAUAAAGAUUGUGUAAUUCGAAUGUCUUACCUCAUCCCAUUUUUUGUUGCUGAGGGAUUUGUAAAACCAAUUAAUGGGAAGUGUUUGGAAGAGACAGCAGAAGAGUAUAUAAAUGAACUUAUUGAUAGAAAUUUGCUUAUAGUAGAAAAACGCAAGCAUUGUGGGAAGCUUAAAUCAUUUAAAAUGCAUGAUCUAUUGAGGGAUGUAUGUUUGAGAGAGGCUCGAAAAUUGAAGUUUUUAUGUGUGUUGGAAAAGCAGAGCAUUCCAGAAGCCAUAAAUUGUCAACGUCGAAUUGUAAGCUUGGUAGCGGAAAAUGAAUAUCAAACUCCACUUCGUCAAUCCUUGGAAUCCGCAUCCCUAGUCCGGUCUUUUAUUGGGGCGUGUCCAACGAGUUUAUCAUGCAAUUUUAGAUUGUCGAGGGUAUGUUUGAUGAGCAGAUGCCUUGAGAAUGAAGAUAGUUAUGAGGAGUUUUUUGUUCGGCUAGUUAACUUGCGUCUUCUUGCAGUCAAUUUAGAUGAGCGUCUAUUGCCCAGACUUCUUUCUUCAGUGUCUUUUUUCUGGAAUUUACAAACAAUAUAUUUAUUUGGUGGCGUUGGUGAUGAGUUUGUUUUCGACAUCUGGAAGGUGCCUCAACUUAGGCAUGUAAUAACCGAUGAAGAUGAGUUUUAUGGUGCAUACUGUCUCCCUGAUCCUAUAAGUGAAGAAGAGGAUAUGGUGUUGGAAAACCUACAGACACUUUAUACAGUGCUCAAUCUCAAGUUUGGUAAAGGGGUGCUUAAAAGAAUCCCCAAUAUCAAAACAUUGAAGUUAUGUUAUGACACAAAAGUAGGAGAAGAAGAUGAUUACCAUCUCAACAAUCUUUAUUGCCUCCAAAAACUUGAAAAUCUCCGCAUUCGUUGUUGUGUAGAAGGUAGCCAUUUGGUGCGAGAAGUGAGGUUCCCGCAUUCCCUCAAGAAGUUGACAUUAGGAAAUACCAAUUUUCCAUGGGAUGACAUGAAGACAAAAAUAGGUUUAUUGCCCCUUCUUCAAGUUCUCCAACUGAAAUCUGAUUCCGUAGUUGGGUCUGAAUGGAAAACAUCUGAAGACCAAUUCUUGAAUCUCAAGUUCUUGCUUAUUGAGGAUUGUGAUGUAGAGUGGUGGAUCACAGACAACACCCACUUUCCGCGCCUUGAGCACCUUCAUCUUCACUAUGUAGAAAGGUUGAGGGAGAUUCCUUCAUGCAUGAGAGACAUACCAACACUUCACUCAAUUAAGUUGAAAGGUUGUAAUAAAUCUGUGGUGGAUUCAGCUCAAAAAAUUAAGGAGGAGCAACAGGAACUCAGCAACGAAGACCUUCAAAUUAUUUUUGAUCAAGUUAUAACUAUGAGGUAA